UAGUUGUUAUGACUACGAGGUCGUAAAUCCGCCAUGUUUUCAUUGCUCUAGCGUUGCGACAGAGACGGAGAACUCGAACCAUACGACAUGAAACUAGAAAAUAAUAAUACGGCAGAAACAGGGAACGGGCAAACGGAUCACGGCAACAUCAUCACUAUUGAAACCACACUGGGAGACGAGGAUGAAGAUGUGCACAAAUGUGGACGCUGUCAGGAGGAAUUCUCCUUAUUGGAGGCCUUCAUACAGCAUAAGCUGCGUCGGAGCUGUCAGCGUUCUCAAGAACAGCCGAAUAAGGAGAGUCAGAUUGCUGAUGACGGAAAUUCUCCAGCCACGCUAAAUGACAGUGGCAUAUUGUCUUCAGUCGAGCAGGUCAGACCUGAGGAUCCUGACAAAGCCAUUGCUGAAGUUUCCCAGCAAGCAACAUCUCAGGAUGUGGAGUCUAGCGAUCAAGGGGUCCAGGCCUCUGAAGGCUCAGACGGCUCUAAGCUUGUGUUAAGGGUGAAUGAUGAGGGACGCUUCGUCUGCCAGCUCUGUGAGAAAACCUUCAAAACGCCCAACAUCCUGAGGACGCACAUGUCCACCCAUAGUGAGAAGAAAGACUUCCAUUGUGACCUGUGUGGCACUUCUUUCAGAACCAAGGGCUCACUGAUACGCCACAAUCGCCGGCACACAGAUGAGCGACCCUAUCGGUGCAAUCUCUGCGGCCUCUCCUUCAGAGAAUCGGGGGCCUUGACCCGACACAUGAAGUCCAUUACCCCGUGCACAGAGAAGAUCCGCUUCAGCCAGUGCAAGGAGAUCCUCGUUGGCAAGGAUGGCGUCCGGAAAGUAGAGUCUGUGGCGGAGCAGCAGACUACCUCCAUCCUGCCCCAGACGGAGGCUCAGCCAGUGCAGGAGGUCAGUGUGGUGGAGGAGACCCAGGAGCUCAUCCACAUUCAGAUGGUGCAGGAUCCAGGACAGGCCCAGCAGGAGGUUGUCCAGCCUAAGCCUGAUCCCACUGAGGAGAGCAACAAUUUGAUCUGCCAGGCCAUUAUCAACUCGGGCAUCGCCCUGGAGGCGGACGCCAGCACAGAGACAGACGUGGAGCCAGUGCCAGGGCCCGUAGAGAGCCGGGCCGCCGGGUUGGCCCUGCAGACCCCCGAGACCGAAAGCCGUGUCCCCGACAUUCAGCUGUCCGAGGAGUGUGUAGAGAUGGAGGACGACACUGCGCUGAGCUCUGAGGAAACUUCUGAGAAGGAGGGAGAGCCAGUGCCUGCAAAGCUCCACAAAUGUCCUCACUGCAAUCGGGUGUUCAAAGCUUUGAAUUACCUUCGUUUCCAUGUCAAAGGUCACCUGGGCUACAAGCCCUUUAAGUGCAUGGUGUGCCAGAAGGAGUUCCUGACGGGCUACCUGCUGAAGAAGCACAUGGAGGUGCACUUGAGCGAAAGGCGUUACAAGUGCGGCGAGUGCGGCAAGCUCUACAAGACCAUUGGGCACGUGCGUGAGCACAUGCGCGCCCACUCUGACGAGCGGCCCUUCCACUGCAACCGCUGCGACAAGGCCUACAAGACCAAGAAUGCCUUGCAGGUCCACCAGAGGACGCACGGGCAGGAUAAGCCGUACGUGUGCCCUCACUGCACGCGUGGCUUCCGGGAGAAGGGCUCGCUGGUGCGCCACAUCCGACACCACACCGGCGAGAAGCCCUUCAAGUGCCCCAAGUGCAGCCGUGGCUUUGCUGAGCAUGGCACGCUCAACCGGCACCUGCGCUCCAAAGGGGGCUGCCAUACAGGCCAGAGGGAGUCGGAGCAGGCGGUUGCAGUGGCGGUGAAGGAGCAGCAGGUGUCAGCAGAGAGCAUGGCAGCCAUUAUUACCGAAGACCCCCACGCUGUGCUGGUGGAGUUCUCCUCUGUAGUGGCCGACACACAGGAGUACAUCAUCAGGGCAGCUGCAGAGGAGUCUGUGCAGACAGAGGAGGUGGCCCUGCUGCAGGACACUCAGAGUCAGAUGGGUAGUCAGAUCAUGAAGGUGGUGCAGCAGAUCGUGAGCCAGUCGCAGCAGCGGGGCGGAGGUGGGCGCCAGAUCAUUGUGCGCAACGUGGUCGCCGGCGAGGACGACGUGUCCACCACGACCGCCACCAUCUCUGACUCGGGCGACACCAUCACCAUCGCCACGCCUGAAAGUCUGACGGAGCAGGUGGCCCUCACGCUGGCCUCCGCCAUUGGCGACGGCACCAUCCUCACUGCCGCCGCCCCGGAGACCACGGUCACCAUGGUGACGGAGGGCGAGGCCCAAGAGGUGGAGGUGAUGGAGCAGGAGCAGUUUGUCAUCGCUGCCAUCCCCGACGAGAUGGAGAUUCAGACUGUGGUGGUCUGAGACGGAGACCGGCAGACCCAGACAGACUCUGAGAGAUGAGCUUUGGACACAACUGUAGUUCUAGACUCCGCUUUGGUCACAAUGGGGACUGAGCCAGACACAGGGCGUUCACCACAGGAUGCGAGUUAUAUAUUUGAAAAGCAAUGCAGUGCACAAAUGAGUGAGAGACUAAGUGAAAAAAAGGAACUAGUCAAUGACAUUGGCUACUUUGCCUUCUCCUGCCUGAAGAACUACUCGUUUAUGUGUGUUUUUGAACGAAGCUUUUCAC